AUGGCUCCACGAGGAAGGGGAGGAAAAUUCUCCAAGCCCUCCAGAGGAGGUGGAAAGAAGUUCUCUCGCGAUCUACAGCCUCUUGACAAAGAAGGAAACCCCAUUGGAAUGUGGCGCGAGCCCGGAAACGCAGAGGAGUCCUCAGAGGAGGAGGAAGACGACGAGUCAUCCGAAGAAGAAACCUCCGAUGACGGUGCUCCUGGCGCAUCCUCCAGCGCUGUCACCGCCGGAGGAGAAACCAGCCGCGAACAACGCAAAGAACAGGCGCGCCUGAAGAAACAAGCUGCUAUCGCCAAGAAAAAUAAAAAGGCCGCAGAGGUAGGUGACAUGCCCACGAGCUCUGAGGACGAGGACGAGGAAGAGGACGACGAUGAAGACAUGCCUGCCAAUCCCAAUCACACUUCAAAGGCCCGAUCCCAAGCACGCGCCGUCACAGGUGUCAGCGGAGAAAGUGAUGCACCCCGAAAAGCAGACAAGGAGAACCUGAGCCGCCGGGAGCGUGAAGCUCUCGCUGCCCAACAAGCAAAAGAGCGCUAUCAGAAACUCCACGCCGAAGGCAAGACGGACGAGGCCAAGGCGGAUCUUGCCAGACUGAAGCUUAUCCGAGAGCAGCGUGAGGCCGCGGCAGCCAGGAAACAAGCCGAGAAGGAAGAAAGAGAUGAGCAGGAGAAGGAGAAAGCCGCUAGAGACGAGAAGCGACGACUAGCUGCCAUGGGCGAUGCGUCGAAGAAGAAGCCUACCAAGAAGUGA